AUGGUGAAUCUGUUCUGGUUGAGCCCGCCACGUUUCGUGCGUGGUCGCGGAUUGAACUACUCGUGGUGUGCACGCCAGCACAUCGAUGCACACAUCAUCAAGAUCCCACUCGAGGCCGCCCAGCUGCUCUACGCCGCCCACCACGCCCUCCCCGCCGCCGACGACUGGCGCACCCGCGCCCCCAUGGCCGGCACCGGCGAACGCGGCUAUCGCCCCACCCACAUGAACAACCCUCUCUCCAAGUGGCACGCAGUGGCGUAUGGACUGGCGCUGUGCGAGGAGUACAGCCACCGCUACGGCCGCGAGCACGCCUGCGAAGCCCACCUCCACUGGCUCAAGGGCCACGAGCCCGCCAUCCCCGACGUCUACACCCACCCUGACGAUCACGGGGAGGAGAACGAGGUGGCUCGGUUCAGGAUCGCGCGGGCUCCGCCGUGUGCGAUGCCGGACGAGUUCAAGGUGGCGCCGCCGGAGGGGUCGGCAGACGAGGCCAAGGAGGAAUCGGGCGACGCGGCGGCCGAGGCUGGUGAUGAACGAUCGAGCGCGGCUGAAGGCGAAGACGAAGCAGCGACGAAUCUGUUGAAGCGCGGCAAGGGCAAGGAGAAGGAGAAGGUGGCGACCAUCAAGGCGGAGGAGGAUGACCAGGCCGACGGCGACGGUGAUGGCGAUGACGAAGCCAGGCGGAUCAUUGCCGAAGCCGAGUUGGCGAAGAGGCAGAGGAAGGAAGAGACAGAAAAUGAAGAAGAGGAAGAGGAAGAAGUGGAGGAGGUGAAGACAAUGAAGGUGGAGGUUGAACUCCAGACGACCGACGGCUGCGUCGCAUUGAUCAAGACCGAAACGUCGGAGGAGACCACCACCACCACCACCAGCACGACCUCGUCUGAGGCAGCCGGCGAGGAGGAGGAGGAACGGGUCGAGGACCUGCUGAGACCGAUCGAAGACGAGGUGGCCGCGUCGGAGGUGGCAUUCCCGCUGCACGUCUACCAGUCCUACCGCGCGUACUACCUCGGUCAGAAGCUGUCGCUGAAGAUGUCAACGUUCAAGACGCGCAACGUCCCACACUGGGCACAGGAGCGGGUGCUCGAGAUACGAGCCCAACCCAAGCCCGCCCCCGUGAAGAAGGAGAAGAAGAAGGAGAAGAUCACCAUCACAACCCGGACUCGUAGAACAACCACGACGACCAUGACGGCGGCCAAGCGGAAGCGCGGCCAAGCGGCGAAGGCCACGGAGGCCGGCGAAGACAACGAAGACGAGGCGGCCGGCGACGAGGACUACUCGGAGAGCCGACUGACGCGAACAGGCCGAAGGCGAAAAGAAAAGAAGAAGAACAAGAGGAUGAAGAAGAACGACGACGGUGGUGACGAUGAGGGCCAAGACAAGGAGGAAAAGAAGAAGAGGAAGACGGUCGAUGAGCCGGAGAGCGGGGAGGCUGUGCCGCCCGUGCGACGAAGCCCUCGCACGAGCAAGGCGCGCACCACCUCCACUGAGGCCGCCCUCUCCAAGAGGAGGAAGGUGGUCAAGGAGGUCAAGUAA